AUGAUCAAGUUGAUCACAGUUCUGGUUAUCGCUUCCCUGGGCUUCACUGCUGUACAGAGUCAGGAGGAGCUCAAAUGCGGCACUUGCCUGGCAGAAAACGAGGUGCUUUGUGUAUCGGAGACAUCCUAUUAUUUUUGCUUUGAUGGCGAGACGGUUGGCGACGAGAUACAGUGCGCUGGAGAUACCGUUUGCAGCAAUGCAGAAGAAGUCUGUGUGCCUAAAACUCAGAUAUCCGAAACAGUGAAGAAUGUAUGCGGAGAUGCUAGCAUCGGAGGCUGCGGCAAAUGUAUCACGGGCAAUAAAUACACCUGUGUGAGCCCUACGCAAGCAGCCCGUUGCGUAAAAAACGAAAUAGCUGGCGUCAUCAAUUGCAAGGCAGAUGAGAUCUGCAUUGCAGACGUUGAGGUCGGUUCCGUCUGUGUGCCCCAGUGUGCCGCUGCCUAUGUAAGUAGAUCAUUCAGAAAUUUAGCGAGUUCGCGGAUUACAUAUAUCGGGUCUUUACAGCUGGGAAAGAAUGCCACUUGCAACGAGGAUGCCGAGUAUACCACACCAACUCCAGCGCCAAGCACAACGCCCAGUCCCGACGAACGUUCCAGAAUCUGCAAUGAGGCAUCGGAGGGUGUUACAGGAUUAUUUUUCUAUACAUAUGCCGAUGGGAGCUGCAGGAACGGCGUCUAUUGCCAGAGGCCCAGUCUCUCAAGCACCGACUGGACAACCUUUUAUAGACCAUGCUCCGCUCCCACGCCUUAUUUCAAUACGCUCCUUAAAUAUUGUGUUGAAACUAAGCCGACAAACUGUCCAGUCCCUACCACAACUGUUGCCCCAGUUACAGACUCUACUCUGGCCCCAGUAUCUCCCACAACAGUUCCGAGCACAACUGCAGCCCCAGUUCCGAGUACAACUGCGGCCCCAGUUCCGAGUACAACUGCGGCCCCAGUUCCGAGCACAACUGCGGCCCCAGUUCCGAGUACAACUGCGGCCCCAGUUCCGAGUACAACUGCGACACCGGGUUCAUCCUCCAGUUCAGCCCCAGAGUAAUCCAGAGGUAACUCG